UGAACUUCCCUUUGAGAGCGAGGGCACGUCUUCAUUUCAGCCCACUCCUUUCAGCCAUGUUCGUCUCAGCUGUGCUGGUUUUGGUCUGCGUUUGUUUCAUCGUACUUGGGCUCACCCCUCGGAGGCCGAAGAACUUUCCCCCGGGGCCUGCUGUGCUGCCGAUGCUGGGAAACAUUCUGAGCCUGAACCUCGACAAUCCCCUGGCAGACUUUGAGAGGCUGGGAAAGUCUUAUGGGAAUAUCUACAGUCUGUACUUCGGUCCUACGCCAGCUGUAAUCCUCAAUGGAGUGAAGGCCAUCAAGGAAGCCAUGGUGGUCAAGGGUGCCGAUUUCGCUGGACGACCCCAAGACCGACUUGUGAACCAUGUCACAGAGUGGAAAGGAGUGAUCUUCGCCGAUUACGGCAGCAGCUGGAAGGAGCACCGCCGCUUCGCUCUGAUGACCCUGAGAAACUUUGGGAUGGGCAAGAACUCAAUGGAGGACCGCAUUCAUGGAGAGAUCAAAUAUGUUGUUAAGACACUGGAAGGGAGCAUUGGAAAACCCUUCACUCCUCAGGUUAUGUUUCACAACGCCGCCUCCAACAUAAUCUGUCAGGUUCUGUUUGGUACACGAUACGAUUACGAUGACAACUUCAUCAAAGUCAUCGUUCAGUCCUUUACUGAGAAUGCCAAACUGGCCAAUGGGCCGUGGGCGACGCUAUAUAACUCGUUUCCUAUCAUCCGACGCCUCCCACUGCCCUUCAGAAAGGCCUUUCAGAAUGCUCAGAUUGUUACGGAUCUUUUAAAGGAGGUGUUAACGGAGCACAAAAAGACGAGAGUCCCCGGAGAGCCACGAGACUUUCUCGACUGUUACCUGGAUGAGCUGGAUAAGAGGGGAGAAGAUUCUUCCUUUUCAGAAGAUCGGCUCAUCAUGUACUCUCUCGAUCUUCACUUUGCCGGGACAGACACGACCUCCAACACUCUGCUGACUGGGUUUUUCUACCUGAUGAACUUCCCCCACAUACAAGAAAGAUGUCAGCAGGAGAUCGACCGGGUGCUGGAGGGAAAGGAUCAAGUCUCUUUUGAGGACAGACAUAACAUGCCCUACAUGCAGGCUGUGAUCCAUGAAGUGCAGAGAGUGGCCAACACCGUCCCGCUGAGUGUCUUCCACUGCACAACCAAAGACACCGAGCUCAUGGGGUAUUCAAUCCCCAAAGGCAUGAUGAUCAUCGAGAACUUGACCUCAGUGCUGAACGAGGAAGGACAGUGGAAGUUCCCUCAUGAAUUCAACCCUGAAAACUUCCUCAACGACCAGGGAGAGUUUUUCAAACCAGAGGCCUUCAUGCCUUUCUCUGCAGGUCCUCGGAUGUGUCUCGGAGAGGGUCUGGCUCGCAUGGAGCUCUUCCUCAUCCUGGUCACUCUGCUGAGGAAGUUUAAGUUCAUCUGGCCUGAAGACGCAGGAGAACCAGACUUCACUCCGAUGUUUGGAGUUACUUUGUCUCCGAAACCGUAUCACAUGAAGGUGGAGCUCAGGUCAACACAGUGAGGCGGCCUGCAGACACAGCAGGAAAUGCUGAGGGGAAAAAGCUCUUACUAAGGUGAUGUGGGUGAAGAAGAUGCUUUUUGAUCAACUUUGACUCUGUAAAGGCAUGUAUUGUGUGGAUUGCCUGUAGAUUGGCAAAAAAUUAUCCUAUAUGAAGCCAUAUUGAAUCCAGGAGAGAUUACUUUUAGAAAACGGACUGAGUGAGCCUUUGGGAAACACCUGAGUCAGCAUCGUGUCUCAAAUCACAAGUAGCAGGCGAGACUCAGUGGGCUGACGGAGAACUCGUGUGACUCGGGGAGAAGAUAACUUUGGGCAGCUGUGAGAGGUUUUGAGCCAAAAUGAUGAGACAGUUGUU